AGGAUGAGAAGCAAGAGGAAAUGGAAGGGAACAAGGAGUAAGAGAUGCAGAAGAAGAACUAGAAGAGGAGGAAGAAGAAGAAUGAGGGAAGAGAAGGAAAAGGAAAAGGAUGAGAAGAAUAAGGAGAAACAGGAAAAUCGAUGGAAAAAAGGAAGGAAGAUGAGUACAUUGAGGAAGGAGUGGCGAGAGGAGAAGAAGAGGGAGAAGAAAGAAAAGCAAGAGGAAAAACAGGAGAAAAAGGAGAGAACAGAACUAGCAUUCCCUAGGAGUAGGACGAGGAGAAGGAUAAGGAGAAAAUGGAGGAGGAUUAGAGUGAAGGAGGAUGAGCAAAAGAAAGAGAAGGGGAAGCAAGAGGAAAAACAAGUGAAGAUGGAGGAACAAGGGGAAAAAAAGAAGAAUGAGGGUGGAGAAGGAGCAGGAGAACAGGGAGAGAAUGAGAAAGAGAGAAAUCGGCUGGAAAAAAAGACAGGAAUGAGAGAGAGAAAAAAGAAGGAUGAGGAGGAGACUAAAGAAGAACAAGAAGGAGAAGGAGAAAAAGGAUGAGAAAUGAGAGGAAAAGCAGGGGGAGGAGGAGGGAGAGAUGCAGAACAUGAAGGAGAAAGGAGAAAUAGAAGAGGAGGAAGAAGAAGAACGAGGGUGGUCAAGGAAAAAAAGAAGAAAAAGGAGAGAGAAAAAGCGAUGGGAAAAAGAGAUGAGAAAGAGAAAGAUGAGGAGAAGA